AUGCCGCGCUGUUAUGGCUUCCAAGAAGCGGCAGGGGCGACAAGCCAGCAGGAAUUCCACGAUGCCUUGCCCUCUUUGCAGGUUGGCUCCAUGUACGGCAGCCCUGGCUUCCGGCGUUCGUCCGCCUUCUUGGCAUCCGAGGAGGUGGCCUUGCCAAUGAGUUCGUCCCGGGCGACAGCACACAAUUUCUUAUGUGCGCCCCGGACAUCAUUCAAUUACACCGUGGAAGAGGCGGCGCACCAUGCGCAGCAUGCCAAUGAAGAUGCAGCUGCCAUCAAGAAAGCCUUGGCCAAAGAUUCCUCGCUGACUGCCCAAGAGGCUCGCUUCUUCUCCGUCCUCGCGACGCCCCUUACCUUCUUGACCAGUACAUUUGCUAUCACUGCUGCUUACUUGGAGGUGCAGAAUGGUUGGAUGCUAGCACAGAAGGCAAAGAUGCUCAAAGAAGACAUUGCCCAUGGUUGGAUUUACGUUUCACAGCUGGAAGCUGCACAAAUCGUUGCCUUUGGCACCAGUGUAUAUGCCAUUGGCGUUCUGCAUGCUGGCGAGAUCAAAUUGUCUGAAGAGGAGCCUUCCCAAUGCCUGUCUCAAGACGAGAAGCCAGAGGAAGGCUCCCUGUUGCAGGACGCGGUUAGCGACGACGAGGAUGCAGUCUCCUCAUCCUCGGCGGCCUCCGAGUCGUCGAUGGAUCCGUCGGAGCCUUCGGAAGGUGACAUGUCUUCCAGCUACUCGAGUGACUUUAGUACUUCCAGCUCCUCAAGCUCUGAGUGCUCAGAGGAGGAGCCGGAAGAGGAAGAGGACGAGGAGGAAGAUGAAGAGGCGCAGGGAGAGGCCAAACGAGGAGAGGAGGGCGAAGACGGGGAGAUUGAGGAACAAGAAGACGAGCUGGCAGAUGAGUGUACGCAGGAAAUGGCAGGGACAUUGUCAAAGACCUUAGGGGAGGCGCGUCCUAGAUCGGAAGUGCCGUGCUGCACAGAUCGCUGGCCAGUGGUGGUUCUUGAGCAGCUCUUGAGCGGCGGAGGAGAGAUCCCCGCUCCACGAACCGACCGCGACCGCAAUGCAAAGCAGAAGCUGGUGGCCAAACUACUUUGUCGCUGGUGGUAUGUCCUUCCCGACUGGCCACCCAAAGAUUUCGACUACAACGCUGCGCUUGCAGCCCAAGGCUACCGCAAAGUGCCGGUAGAAGCCUUCGAGCUUGAGCCAGACGAAGACGAUCAGGGCCUCAGGAAGGCCUUCCCGGUCUCCGGUGGCUUCAAGGGCCUGUACAGGAAUCAGCAAGGCUCUCUGAUCGAUGUGCGGCCCGUGACAGGGAGACCCUCCUACGACCAGCUGAUGCUGAGGGCAACGUCAGAGCUUCAUCGCCUAGUUGUCUUGGCGUACACGCGCCAACUGGAGGACCUGGACUCGAAGCCGCACCUCCCGGCCGCAGAACUGGAGAUGCGGCAGCAGCUGCGUCAAGAGCUUACCAAGGCC